AUGCCUUCUAUCUUAUGUCCUUUGUUAUACUUUCGGCGAUCAAAUUUUGAUUCAUCUAUUCUAGCAAUUAAACGUAGACCUCACAUUUUGCAGGUCAAAUUAACAUGUCUACCACUGUGCUUUAAAAUUCUAUAG